GAAGGCCUCAAUUCCGUCAGACUAUUAUAAUCAUUUGAGUCUUUGACUGCAGCUGUCCGAGCUGGAAGAGAUUCUCGGACGCUAGAGUUUACCGGCGGAUGAUGGCUGAGGGCAAGAGACUUGUGACCGUUGCAGCGCUGCAAUUCGCCUGCACUGACGACGUCGCCACCAACGUCACCACUGCCGAAAGGUUGAUUAUAGCAGCUCAUGAGAAAGGUGCGAAUAUCAUUCUCAUACAGGAGUUGUUUGAGGGCUAUUACUUUUGUCAAGCCCAAAAGGAAGACUUCUUUCAGCGAGCAAAACCAUACAAGGGCCACCCUACAAUUCUCAGGAUGCAGGAGCUUGCAAAAGAAUUAGGAGUAGUAAUUCCAGUUAGCUUCUUUGAGGAAGCCAAUAAUGCCCAUUACAAUUCCGUAGCUGUUAUUGAUGCUGAUGGCACUGAUCUUGGACUUUACAGAAAGUCCCAUAUUCCAGAUGGUCCUGGUUACCAGGAAAAAUUUUACUUUAAUCCAGGCGACACAGGCUUUAAGGUCUUCGAGACGAAGUUUGCGAAAAUAGGAGUCGCUAUUUGCUGGGAUCAGUGGUUUCCAGAGGCUGCUAGAGCCAUGGCUCUUCAAGGUGCAGAAAUACUGUUUUACCCAACCGCAAUUGGUUCUGAACCUCAAGAUGGUGGACUUGAUUCCCGAGAACAUUGGAAACGAGUGAUGCAAGGUCAUGCUGGAGCAAACUUGGUACCUCUUGUAGCCUCAAACCGUAUAGGGAAGGAAGUAAUUCAGACUGAACACGGGAAGAGUGAAAUUACAUUUUAUGGAAACUCCUUUAUAGCAGGUCCGACAGGUGAAAUUGUGGAACUGGCAGAUGAUAAGCAGGAGGCAGUUCUUGUAGCUGAGUUUGAUCUUGGGAUGAUCAAAAGCAAAAGACACAGCUGGGGGGUGUUUCGUGAUCGCCGCCCGGACUUGUAUAAGGUGCUUCUGACAUUAGAUGGACGCAGUCCAUCUCUAUGAAUCCUCACCUCACUACUUAUAGGUGGCUGUAAGGAAACUUUAAUGUGAGCCUAAAGUUGCAUUCUUUUUAAUCAUAUGAAUAAAUAGAUGCAAAGAUGGUAUGUAACUGUGUAUCUUGUUAGUUCUACUAUCCAUCCGUUGAAGACAAUGUUAGAUACUUAUUGUGGCCAAUCACGUGUGGUCUCUUAAUGAUGUUCUGGAUUCUUAGCCCCACAAUUGUCUUUGACUUUAUGAUUUUAGUACCCUGGAUAUUGCAUGUUACGGAGUAUAUGUUACUCGGUGUUUUUCUUUUCUGAUGAGGAGCAACAGCCAGCUGGCCGUGAAGGUGAUGAAGUGGCAGUCAGACGGUCCACAAGGCCACGUAAGCAGAAUAAAAAAUACCUUGUUUGAAGAAAUUCCAAAAUUUGCUUUGUUUUCGGUUGUAAAUAAGAAAACGUCUUCCUGGUUUUUAGGGAGAACGUUCUCCACUUUCCGAUUCCCUGCUUUUUAGGAGUCCAUGACUCCACCUUUCUAUUCUUUGGUUCAUGUACUUUUGCUAUUUAUAUCAAUGAAAAACAUCAAAAAUAGGUAGUGAAAACUACCACAA